GAACGCAUUUGCAAGAUUACUAUCACAUACCAAGCCGCCAACGCAGCCCCCAGUGAAACAUAUACAGUUGAAGGAUUUAUUUACGCAAAUCUCGCCAUAAUGACAAUCGCAAAGUCUCAAAUCCGGUCCGUCCCCGUUGAGGACCUAUAUUCUCGAUGGGGAGCUGGCUACAACCAAGGCCGAGUCAACAACCUCCAGGGCCUAGAUGACGUGCAGCUCGAGAGAUUUCUACCGAAAUACAUAUCCCUCUUACAAAAAGCCUUCCCCGAGCAUCUCAAAGUGGUCGACUUCGGCUGUGGCACCGGACGCAACACCCUGAAACUGGCGAUCAUGCUUCCUGGCUCCGAUAUUGUGGGUCUCGACGCGACGAAAAGCCUUCUUGAUGUCGCAGAAAGGCAGUCCGAAGAUUUAAUAGCAACUAGGCCAGCUGAAAGCAGAGCCAAGACCCUCAGCUUCCAGGUAUACAACCCUCUGAAAGACGGUGCUCAAAUCCCACGCGCGGCCGAACAAGCGCAAGGAAUCAUUUGUACUCUGGUUCUGGUGCAUAUCGAAUUAUCCAAGUUCUUCAAGAUGUGCGACGAAAUGCUAGUUCCAGGUGGAUAUUUACUUAUCACCAAUACACACUCGGAUCUCGCCAACGUGUCGCACGGGAACUUUCUGGACCCCGAGACUGGGGAACAGCUCUGGAGUGAUGACCACAUACACACUGUCGACGAUGUGAAGACAGUCGGCGCAGAAUGGGGAUUUGAGCUCCUGGAGGUACAAGAAGGUAUUCCGGAGAAUCCAGAUAUGGUUGGAGCGAUGCGUGGGCAUUGGGAAGGCGUCAAAUGCUGGAUUGGGUUUAUCUUACGGAAAUGCGAAUAGGGUGGCCGGACAUCCGGCAGGGUAUCUCUUCUAGUCCCAUCGGAGCUGGCAGAAAUAAACAUGUAGCAAUUAGAGAAGACGACUGAAAAAAGGACUCUUGGAAGAUGGUUCUAGAUAAUGACCCUAUCUAUCAUAGAAAUACAUAG